ACAAAUACAGGGUUAUGUUAUAAUCACACAGCUGUCUAGUGAUAGUGGGUUCGUAGGGUGUCUAAAAUGAAACCCUGUGCUUCUCUCAGCAGGCAAGGAAUACACAAACAAGAGUCUGAGGAAGUAUAAGAAGGGCUUCACUCUUUAGAUUCAUUGAUAAUGUCUCCAGCAGGACAGGGAGGGCACCUCUCUGUCAUUCAAGACACACAGCACACAUGCCACCCUGAACCUCUCUACCAGGAGGUAUCUGUCCUUAGAAGAAAUGCCACAACAGAAGAAGCAAAAGCUGCAGAAUAUUCCAAGAAAUCCUUUCAUAUUUUCACCGGGACCAAGUCAUGUUGUCUGGUCAUGAAGAGAACCAGCCAGGUGCCAUUGUGAUGCUGAUGACAUCACCAUUAACAGAAGAUCCACACACCACAAAAGCAGUGGAUGCAACCAGGUACUCCACACGGCCAAGUCCUAGAAAUAUACUCCGUGGGAAACACUGGUCCUCAGAGGACGUUUUGGCUGUCUUCUAACACCACCCUGAUUCAAGGAAGGAAUGAAAGCCAAGAAGAGGCUGCUAAUGUUGCUUUUCUGCCUCUUCCUGCUGCUGAUGGCUAAGGUCUUAUUCAGGAACCUCCAGGAAGAUGAACUUCGGCUCUCAGACUGGUUUAACCCCAGGAUGCGUGUGGACGUCAUCACCACCACGGACUGGCUGGCUCCAGUCAUAUGGGAAGGCACCUUCGACAGAGAGGCCCUUGAGAAAUAUUACAGAAAGCAGAACAUCACCGUGGGCUUGGUUGUGUUUGCAGUUGGCAGACUCACUGACCAGUACCUGGACCCAUUCUUGCGAUCAGCCAGUAAGUUCUUCAUGCCUGGCUAUAAGGUGAUCUUCUACGUCAUGGUGGAUAGGUUCCUGCAGCUCCCUGAAAUGGACUACAGCCCUCGGCAGUCCUUUCAAAUUCACCUCAUAGGUGAGGAGAGAUGGUGGAACGACUUUGACCUCAUGCGCAUGAAACUCCUGGGUGAACACAUCCAAGACCACAUCAGAUACGAGGUGGACUUCCUCUUCAGCAUGAGCGCUAACCUGGUCUUCCAGAGUGAGUUUGGAGUGGAGACCCUGAGCGUGUCUGUAGCCCAGCUCCAUGCUUGGUGGUAUUUCCGGAAGACAGGGGAUCUUCCUUAUGAGAGGAGACCUGCGUCCGCAGCCUACAUUCCCUUCGGGCUGGGGGACUUCUACUACGCCGGCACCAUUGUAGGCGGAGUGCCCCUCAAGGUUCUGGACUUGACUCAGGAAUACAUGAAAGGAAUUGUUUUGGAUGCCGAAAACGGACUCAACAGCACCUAUGAGAAAUACCUCAACAAAUAUUUCUUCCUCAACAAGCCCACCAAGCUUCUCUCCCCAGAGUACAGCUGGGACCCCACCUUCCAUACCCUUCGGCAAGUGCGGUCCAUGAAGAUUGCUCAGCAUCCCAUAGACAGUUUGUGAUGCGCCAGCGUCUAUGGGCUAAAAAGAACAAACCCCAGUAGUUCCUUAAAGACACAGGAUGUCUUUUUAAAGACUCACACUUCAGAAGCCUGAUAAUGUACACUCUUUCCAAAUCAACUAAUUUUUUCUUGCGAUUUUGAAUCAGCUAAUUUGAUUGAAACUGAAUGAAUAAAAGGUGAUAUUUUAUGUCUGUACACAUCAUGCCGUGAGCUCUGCAGUGUAGGCAACGUGAAGUUAUCAAGACAUGGAGCAUAUGUUAUUUCAAUGGAGGAAGACUUUACAAAUAAAACUCUUUUCACAUAAAGCAUUAAAUGCUUUAACAUUAAUCUACAGAAGAAGAAAAAACAAUAAAAGUCCAUCA